AUGGCUCUUAUGACAGUCCCCUACAACAGCGCCAUGCGCUUAGGCAUGGGCUUCAACUCUUAUACCCAAACUCUCUGCGUUAACGAUGUUGUUCGGAAGCGUGGUGGUACACCGGCCACUGAAGAAGAUCUGCGUGCUGUAGAGCUUCUCGAGCAACCGGAAUCCAACACCAAGCAAAUUACCGAAGGCGCACAGCAGGCUCCUCCAGGGAAGGUUCUGGAGGGAGCAAACGGUACCAUGUCGAGGAAAGUUGUUGAUGGACAAAAGGAAGUCAGCCAAACUGUCAUUUGGGAUGCGAGCUUUGUCGAAAAUAGUUCAGAUAUUCUCAAGAAGCUCGAAGUAAGCGGUGCUCUCACUAUAAAGCUAGAUGGUUUGGGCCAAGUCUCCGGUAAAGCCGCAUUCAUCGACUCCGAGGAUAUCAAAAAUGCCGAUAUUAAAUACGAAGUCAAUGUCAAAGUUACAAACCAACGCCUGAUCGCAGAGGAUAUGACUGAGUUUGUCCCAAUUGACUACAUAGAGGCGGGAAGAUUUACAGAGGUCUACGGUGACUGCUUCAUUUCAGGUUUUAUUGAAGGUGGAGUAUUUGACGCCCUCGUUACCAUUACGACUGCAGACACUAUGAAGAAGAAUAGCCUUUCUGGUAGCUUGUCGCUAUCAGCAAAAAUUAGUGCAGUUGAUGUCGAGGGUACGGUUUCUGGGUUAAGCAGUAAGGAUUCUGCGCUCAAAAAUGCGAAGACUAAUAUCAAAGUUACGUGGUCUGGUGGCGGCGAUAUUAGGCCUGACUCCAUCAAACAAUGGACUCUAGAAAAUUUAAAACAAAUAGCUAUGGAAUUCCCCGACGCUGUAGCUGCGUGUCCGCAGCGUGUCAGGCAAGUAGACUAUCUCACAAUUAUUAGCGCCGAGCCUUCCGAUUACGAGAACGCCGGUAUCUAUACAUCGUCUUUGUAUGACGCGUAUACGGACUACAAAAUUCUGUGGAACCAAAUCCAUGCCAUGAUGUCUAAGCUGAACAAGAAUGAACUUGAACUCUUUGCCCAAACGGCCUCCAAUAGCCUAAAAAAAUAUGCUGGAAUCGCGAAAGAAGAGCAGGAGGCAAAAGAAAAACAUUAUAUAGAGCUUCUCGAAGCACUAAAGAAAGGGAAAAGCAGUCAAGCUUUAGUAGCCGGGGGGUCUCGGGGCGUUACAAAAUCAAUUGAGAAACCGCUGCCGAACAACAAAAUAGAACUCUAUGAUCCUGAUAUUUUUGGCUUGGAAGUUGCCGCUCGCGAUUGCCGGUUUGAGAUGAUCAAAAUCGUUAAGGAGGUUGAUGCUGUCACAAGGGAUCCCAAGGUUGCCUGCGAUCCUUACCGUACAUCACAAUAUCUGAGCCCGAGCAUUUUUAGAAUGCUCCUUCCCACGCCAUAUAAAGACCGCCUGCCUACCCGCGACGAGUGGGACAGUACAAAUAAGGAGCUCAGCAAGCAGAAGAAAGACGCAGAAGAUAGACAAAAGCAUAUCGAUGAACUUAAAAAGAAGCUAGAAGCCGCUCUUAUAACACCUAGAAGGGAUGAGAAUGGGACUCUUCUUGCAAAUACAAAUAAGGAUAAUGCGAGUCUACAUCCGAAGGUACAGACUUCAUUGUCCGCGCUUUCCCACAGAGCGGACAACUACCGCAUGCAGAGUCUCCUAAAAGACAAAAACAGCAUUUCAACUGGCGCAUCGUUUUUCAACGACCUUGAGCCUUUGGAAGUUGGUGCACGCCCUACUGAGCUGAGGCUAUGGAGCGAUGAAAAGAAGAUCAAAUGUAUCUGCGUAGUCUACACUACUGGCACUGAGAUUACUCGCGGAACGAAAGAGGGAAACCCUCAGCAUGUGAUACAACUCGACCAUGAUGAAGUGAUCACCGAGAUCGAAAUGCAUGUCGUCAAUGGUACAGAAGGCAACCCCUCGGUUACAACCAUAGCUGUGGCGACCUCCAAGUGCAACAUUCUAUCAGCUGGAACCAAAUCCAACGGUAAAACUCAUAGCUUCUCUAUGGUAGACGAUCGUCAGUGGUCAUUCCGUGGGUUCUUCGGCUUUAUUUCUGAUGGUGGCUUUGAGGACCUCGGAAUCGUCUGGGGCAAGGAUAUUCCUAUGCCAGCGACGAGUACCGUUAAGAUGCCACCAGCCAAAAAUCUUCUUGGAAUGGGUUCUUCACUGCAGCAGAAGACCAAGACUGCAAUGUCUGCGACCAAGCCCAAUGAGCACUUCUACCUAGGUGAUUGCGUUAGCACCGGGUCCUCAUCUUCAUUAGCCACUAGCUUCAGUGCGCUCGAUACUAUUGAUGGGUCUUCUGUAAUCCGCAAGAUCGCUUUUAGCUCUUCGUCAGGAAGGCUCAGCGGUCUCAAGAUCAAGUAUAGCGAUGACAAACAGGUAACAUCCGGUGCCUACUCUCAGGCUAAUGAAGCGUGGAGCUGUGAUGUCGUAGCCCCUAUAGUCGCAGCCAAGCUGACUGUGGGAAAGACCCUAAGCGCUCCUGUGCCAUUUGUCGAUUCGGUCGAGCUGGUCUGUGGAGAUGCGAAUGGAGAACUGCCCUUAUGGCCAUUGGACGUGUCUACGAUCCGAUAUCUUGGAGACCACAAACCAGAUGACCAGCUCGAAAUCGUCUCUAAAUUGACCGAGCAGGCUCCAAAGCUUGCUCGUGCUAAUUGGACCCUACGUGGCUUCUACGGAGAGGAGAGCGAAGGACUCAUCACGAGGCUUGGCCUGAUCUGGGGUUGUGCUUAA